AUGAAGGUUUGGGGUAUAAUAUCAGUUACCUUUGAUAGUGAGGAGUUUAUCAGUUUGAUGUGGGUUCAACAGGUUCUGGCUAAUGUGGCUAAGAUAAUAAUAGAGGAGUCAGAGGAAGGGGACGUGGAGUAUAAGACGUGGCUGGACGUGUUCAUGCUGGUGGAGCUCCUGUGCUGUGGUGCCAUACUGUUCCCAGUUGUCUGGUCAAUCAGGCAUCUGCAAGAGGCUUCUCACACUGAUGGCAAGGCUGCUAUCAACCUCCGUAAACUGAAACUUUUCAGACAUUUCUAUGUUAUGAUUGUGUGUUACAUCUACUUCACUCGCAUCAUUGUGUACUUAUUACAGAUAACAGUUUCGUUCCAGUAUAAGUGGCUGGAUGAGAUGUUCCGUGAGAUGGUGACUUAUGUUUUCUUCGUAAUGACAGGGUAUAAGUUUCGGCCAGCAUCGGCUAACCCGUACUUCCAGGUCAGCAAUGAGGAAGAUGACGAUGCAGAUGAAGAGAUGGAUGUUGUGGUGAGCCAGUGUGGUGUGAAGGAAGGCUUGAGCAAGCUGUCCCGUGUCACAAUGGAAGCUACACAGGAAGAAAAAGACUCUCUCAUCAACAAACGGGAGAGCAGCCACGAGUACGACUGAAUACAGAACCUGAUGAUGGCUAAUUCUGCUCUGCUAAGCAUCCCAAGCACAAUCGUGUUUGUGUGUGCUAAAACCUUGUACAAAUAAUGUAAAUAUUUGAAGGGCAUUUCUUACCAUUAAUAUCUACAAAAUGCACUGCCUCCUUUCUUGCUGAGCAAUACACCAAUAGUAGAUAAGCUUAUAAAACGUAAAAGUUACGUAUUUAUGUUUUGUGUUCUUUUUCUUUCUUAAAUGAUAUUUUUGGUAUGUUUUUAGGUAAAUGUGGUUUGUAAAAUAAAUACAAAUUAUUUUAUGAAUAAAUUAUUACUUGCAAAUUUAUAUUAUUUUGUAAAAACAUCAUAUAAAUAACUGUAAAUUUAUACAAAUAUUUGUAUUAAAAAAUUUAUGUAUAUACUUAAAAUUAGAUACAAUAAAAGUAAUUUGUAAUUUUUGUCCGCUAAUAUGGCUUUUAAAAACAUUCGGAAGUUCAAGCUGUGUAAAGCUAAUGUUAAUUACAUUUUUGUCAAGCUUAUGAAGAGCUGUAUUUUGUGAAUUGAUUUAACUUGUUUUCUAAGUUUGACUUACUUAGAUGGUUUUGCUUAGUUUUGUGAAUAUUUCUGGCCUUGAAAUUAAUAUAGCAAUAAAAAUGAGGUUGAUGUACUCAACAGUACUGGAAACUAGUCAUAAUCCUGACUAUGUCUAUACCUGUAAUAUCUUUUAGAAACAUAUUGUUAAUAAUAAGUUUAACCAGUUUGAUUGUCUAUUUAUUAUAUUUAUGAUAUGUACCUCAUUUGACUUUGCAGCUCUCCUGUACACAUGUAAACUUGUUUUCUGCCAUUUUAGUGUAAUCUGAUUUAAUAUAAAAUAUAUUUAUUUUUUAAUUUUAUUUAGUUGUUGUUUUUAACUUAUAUUUAGGCUGAUAAAUUAGAAUCAUAUUAUUUGAUUGCAAUGCUUUGAAUAUAAAAAAUAUAGAUUAUUAUUAUUAUAACAAUUUUAGUGAUUUUUUAAAUUUAGUUUUGUGAAGUAUCUCAAAAGAAGAUAGCACUUUUAUUUCAUGCUUAGUCAUUACCACUUCAUUAUAAAGUAUGAUGUGACAGUACAUUCUGAGUCAUAAUCAAUUUUCUGUUCAAAUUAUUAUUUUAAACCUAUUUUGAUACAUUUAGACUUUUUUUGCUUGAAUUGUCUUCUUAGAAAUUAUUGUAAAUCAAAAUUAUAUUUAAUUUAUUUUCAUAACCAUUUAACAUGUUAAGUGCCAGAAGAACUUUUUGACUAUUCUCUAAACUGUGAUAUUAGGGGAUCGUUCAGAAAGGAAGUUGCUUUAAUAAAUAAACAAUUACACGUAA